AGUCGAAUUCAUUUUAAACAGCGCUGUCUUUUCCUAUGUUUGAAAGGAAGCACAUUUUCAUCUCUCCUUGACCCGAUGACGUUUUCCACAAAGUUUAAGUAAAGGAUAGGAGAUUUGACUAAUCGUAGAGGAAUAGGGACACAGCUAAGGAGGUCUCACCGCGUCCGCCAUCUUGUCGUCACGUGACAGCACUUGGACGUUGGAUGUCCAUUAUCCUACACCUACAGGCUGCAGCAAGACCUUACUCGGUUAACUGGCUGUAAAAUGAUUGUAUGAUGUCAAUUACAAUUUAAAAACGACCCGUAGUAUAUCCUGGUGCAGCUACUGUAGGAAAUGUGAGCAUGUAGGUUGGUGGAUGGAGCAGACCUGCAGUCUAUAAAUAUAUGGUCUAUGCUAUUACAGUCGAAAUGGUGGACAUUACGAGUGGGUUUAAAACCGAAGAUCAAACUGAAAGUCGUUCAGGCUGCAAUCCAGCUGGUCGAGGACUUUAAAGGCGUAUUUUAUGCUACAUCGAAAUGUUAUUCAGAUUUGGAGUUAUUCUCACUCCGGAGUGCUCGGAUGUCGAAGUGCUUGUAUCAGGUUCACGGUCCGAAAUGGGAAGUUGGGAUCCAAACAAAGCUAUUCAAAUGAAAGCGACGCAAGUGGUUCUGUCAAAACACGAGCCGUGUCUCUGGAUCGGCGAAGUGCAGCUGUCACAACCGUACACAGAAAGUGCCUGGUUCAAAUUCAUCAAACGCCUUCGAGGCAGUUACAUCUGGGAAGGCGAAGGCCCCCACCAUGACAGAUGCUGUGUGUAUGAUGAAAUGAAUGUGAUCAACGGAGUGUACUGCCACCCCCUCGGCCACUGGAUCGAAGAGACGGGGCACACGGACGAGAUGAAGCACACCACCGGCUUCUACUUGGGCGUAGCUCACCAGAAGGCGAUGCAUUUCUCCAGGGUUCAUCCGCGUGUGUGGCUAGGCAGCUGCCCCCGCCAGGUGGAACACGUGACCAUCAAGCUGAAGCACGAGCUGGGAGUUACCGCGGUGAUGAACUUCCAGACAGAGACGGACGUGGCUACCAACUGCCAGGGCUGCAGUCUCAACUCUGAGGACCCGGCCACCACGGAGACCAUGAUGCAGCUGUACAGGGACUGUGGCCUGGCGUACGUAUGGAUGCCCACGCCAGACAUGAGCACUGAGGGUCGGAUCCGGAUGCUCCCCCAGGCGGUCUUCCUGCUCCACGGACUCCUGGAGAACGGCCACACCGUCUACGUCCACUGUAACGCCGGGGUGGGCCGCUCCACAGCGGCCGUGUGCGGCCUCCUCAUGUACGUCCUGGGCUGGAGCGCGCGGAGGGCACAGUACUUUGUGGCCUCCCGGAGGCCGGCCGUCUACUUCGACGAGGAGGCCCUGGUGAGAGCCAAGGGCGACUUCCUCCAGAAGUUUGGACACCUGCGGUCGUCCAUCUCUUUCCCCUAGUCUGUUUUAGCUAAAAGAUUGGGGGUCUUUGUGGCUGUGAUAGGGGCGGACGAAUAGAUAGGCUUUUUCUCUGUGUGUGUGUGUGUGUGUGUGUGUGUGUGUGUGUGUGUGUGUGUGUGUGUGUGUGUGUGUGUGUGUGUGUGUGUGU